ACACACAUAUGACCCAGACGAGCACUGACUGCCAACAUGGCGAAUGCACAACCGGCACAACCGGCACAAGCUAGGCCGUGGGACCCGAAUUUCAAACAUACCGACAGGGAGAGGUGGAUAUGUUUGUACCCAGCCUAUAUCAACAGCAGGAAAACAGUGAAUGAAGGCAGGAAGCUUCCUAAAGACAUGUGUGUAGAUAACCCUCAAACUCUGGAGAUCAGAGACGUGCUAGGGCCCUGUGGAUUGCUGAUUGGUAUUGAGAACAAGGUGUAUCCACGGGAACUUGAUCAUCGUGACCUUAAGACCCGGGGUCGUGUGAGAGUACAGAUAAAGGGAGAGAACGGGGAACCCAUGAUGGAGAAAUUCCCUGAUCGUAAAGCUGUGCUGAAGUAUGUGUGUGAAAUGAUCCCCAAACUCAAGACGCGACAGUCGUCGGGUGCCUCCACCCAGUCGCAGGCCCAGCCCACACAAAGCAGCAAGAGCCAGAAGAAGAAAGGGAGAAAGGGCAAGUGAGGAAGGAACAAAGUGAAAGGAAGUGACAAAGAAAUAAAGACAAACAUUGAACCUGAUAAUAUCAAAGACUUGUGACAGAUCAGGGUUAAUUGAAAGUUUAUUAUGACCAUAUAUGGUAAUGGAGGUGCAUUGUCCUGUGUAUGGGGAAUGUUCAUUGUCUGAGGAGGAGUGACUAUAUGUUGUCUAGUGGAGGAGAACCACUGUCAUAUAGCAAUGUGAAUGGUUUUUGUUGUAUGGACAAAGGGACAUCAAUUGUAUGGAUGGGAAACCAUGUUUGUGGUAUGGAGGUAGGAACAUUGUCAUAUUGCACAGUUAAUGGUCUUUGAUGAAUGGAUAGGAAACAAUGUUUGUGGUAUGGAUGGAGGAACAUUAAUUGUUGUUUGGAAUGUUCCUUAAUGUAUGGUAAUCAUUGACAUAUGGAAUUAUACUGCAACAUGAAUGGUAUAUGAGUUUGGUUGGUAAAUACAAGUGGGAUGUAUGAAGAGAAUGAUUGAUGAAGAAGAGAGGAAAUUUGUACUAAGAGUUAAUGUGCAGUAUAAGAGGAACUGCCCAUGUACAUAGUUAUGUACUUGUAAACUGUGUUUUUCUUUCUGAAUGACUUAUCCUUAAUUAUAGCUUAUUAAGUAUUAAGUAGGAAAAAAACCAGAAAGACUUGAUGAAUUUUGAUAUUAAAAAUAGGCUUCAAAUUGUGUGUAUUAUGUUAAGGAAAUAAGUAAAAUCCUGACCGUUAAAAUUUCAUAUCCUCAUAUAAUAUAUAAGUAAUGAAAAUUAAAUAAAUGUUUAACA